AUGAGCAAUGAUCAGUCUUACUCCACUUACAUGAAUGCUUCAUGGCUUAUUCUCAACCCUCACUAUCAAUAUCUCUCUUCUUCUUCUGCUGCUGCUGCUUCUUCUUCUUCUUCUGUUCAUCCUCCUCUUUCAUAUUCUUCUCUCACUAACUACCAUCAACUGUCACCUCCCUCUCCACCUCUAAGAGAAGCUCUUCCUCUCCUCAGCUUAAGCCCAACAAGAAGACCUAAUCCUAACCAUCAACAAACCACUAGUACUACCAAUAAUGCUUGUAGUACAACUACCACAGCCAUGGGAGUUCAUCGUCACAAGAAUACUGACAAUAAUUGCAAUGACAAUACUGUAACUGUAUCUUUACAUCUUGGACUCCCAAGCCUUACACUUUCUGAAGCUGAUCUCAUUUCAAGACUCUCCUCCACCAACGAUGAUUAUAAACAAAUGGAAGGGGGAGAAGAUGAGGAAGAAGAAGAAGAUCAAGAUGGUACAAACAGUGUUGGGCUUGUUACAAGCACACUCAAUAAGGGUCAGUAUUGGAUCCCUACUCCAUCUCAGAUUCUCAUUGGUCCAAAUCAGUUCUCUUGUCCUCUCUGCUUCAAAUCUUUCAACAGAUACAAUAACAUGCAGAUGCAUAUGUGGGGCCAUGGAUCUCAAUACAGGAGAGGGCCUGAAUCACUAAGAGGAAGACAACCAAGUGGAAUGCUUAGACUACCAUGCUACUGUUGUGCACCAGGGUGUUGCAACAACAUCGACCACCCAAGGGCUAAACCACUCAAGGAUUUCCGAACCCUUCAAACACAUUACAAACGUAAACACGGGGACAAGCCGUUCAUGUGCCAUAAAUGUGGUAAGCCGUUUGCGGUUCGCGGAGAUUGGCGAACCCAUGAGAAGAAUUGUGGAAAGAUUUGGUAUUGCAGUUGUGGAUCUGAUUUUAAGCAUAAAAGAUCAUUGAAAGAUCAUGUGAAGGCAUUUGGGAAUGGUCAUGGAGCUUUUGAAGUUGAUCAUACUUGUUGCUUUGAGGUAGAACAAGAAGAUGAUACUGCUUCAGAGAUUAAUGAGCAAUGA